GGCGCUCCUAAGCGCUCCCUUCGGCAGCGCUGGCGUGGAGAUGACGCAGCUGCUUGUCUCGUGCGGCUGCGUGCCCCAGGACCCCAUGUUCGACAUGGGGAGGCUGGAGGCCGACGCGCUGACCCCCUUCGUCUUCGGGGAGGUGAAGGAGAGCACGGAGAUCCCCGACUGGAUGGAGGGCGUGAACAUCCAGUCGUUCACCAUGGACCGCGAUGCCAUACCCGUGCCCCUCUCUGUCGCGCUGCUGCUCCACCCUGAGGUCGGGUACACCAGCAUCAAGGAUGGGCGAUCGUCGGCCUCGCCGGUGGCGGUGGCGGCCGCGGCCGCCACCGUGGUGGCGGACAGCCUGGCCAAGGAGAGGGAGCAACGGGACGGCGAGAAGAGGUCGUCGAAGACGGAAGCGGAGGAGCCGAAGACGACGCAGUUGAUGCGGCCUGAGGACCCGAGCAGGGCCGAGGCAGAGGCAAAGCUGCACAUCCGGCUAGUCCUCGAGGC